UGUAAAUGCACCGCGCGUUGGCAGCCCAGAAUGAAGAAGGCAAGCAGGAGUGUCGGCUCAGUGCCUAAAGUGUCCGGGCUCGGCAAGGCGCAGACCGCAGACAGAGCCAAGCCUGAGAGCAGCGCCCCCGCGCCUGCGGGAGGCAGACCCGCCAAGGCAGGGGCGGCAGCAGCAUCGCUGUCCAAGACCAAGAGCAGCGAUGACCUCUUAGCUGGAGCGGCCGGAGGGGCGCCGGUGACGAAUGGUCUUAAAGGAAAGAGAAGCACCUGCCCGUCUGCAGCCGUGUCUGCGCCCAACCCCGCCAUGAACACCGUGGAGAGCAAAGCCAGGAUCAGCACAGGCACAAGCUCUUCAGCCAAGCGAAGCGUGUCUGCAGGGAAUAAAGAGGCCAGCUCUACCAGAGAAAGACUGCGUGAACGUACCCGACUGAACCAGAGCAAGAAGCCACCCUCCGCAGGGCAGGGUACCAAUGACGUGGUGCUGGCCAAGCGCCCCCGCAGCCGCACCGCCACCGAGAGUGACGUGCGCAUGAGCAAGUCAAAGUCAGACAGUCAGAUCAGCGACAAAGCUGCCUUGGAGACCAGAGUGAAAGAUCUCCUGACGCUGGCCAAGGCCAAGGACGUGGAGAUCGUCCACCUGCGCAACGAGCUGCGAGGCAUGCGCGCCCAGCUGGGCCUCAGCGAGGACCCCUGUGAGGGCGACGAGAAGACCGCAGACAAGGGCGCCACCGCCGCCCACCAGCCGACGGACGUGGAGUCCACGCUGCUGCAGCUGCAGGACCAGAACGCCGCCAUCCGCGAGGAGCUCAAGCAGCUGAGGGACGAGAACAGGAUGCUCAAGGACAGGCUGAACGCGCUGGGCUUCUCCCUGGAGCAGCGCUCGGACAACCCCGAGAAACUCUUUGGCUACUCUUCCCUGAGCCCAGAGGUCGCCCCCGGGAGCCAGAGUGACGGCGGGGGCCCCCUGACCUCCUCUGUGGAGGGCUCGGCGCCCGGCUCCGUGGAGGACCUGCUGAGUCAGGAUGAGAACACGCUGCUGGGCCACCAGCACAGCAACUCCAUGGACAACCUGGACAGUGAGUGCAGCGAGGCCUACCAGCCCCUGACGUCCAGCGACGACGCCCUGGACGCCCCGUCCUCCUCCGAGUCGGAGGGCAUCCCCAGCCUGGCGCGCUCCCGCAAGGGGAGCAGCGGCACCGGCAGCGAGGUGUCGGUGGCCUGCCUGACCGAGCGGAUCCACCAGAUGGAGGAGAACCAGCACAGCACGAGCGAGGAGCUGCAGGCCACGCUGCAGGAGCUGGCCGACCUGCAGCAGGUCACCCAGGAGCUGAACAGCGAGAACGAGCGGCUCGGCGAGGAGAAGGCCAUCCUCAUGGAGUCCCUGUGCCAGCAGAGCGACAAGCUGGAGCACUUCGGCCGGCAGAUCGAGUACCUCCGCUCCCUCCUGGACGAGCACCACGUCGCCUACGUCAUCGACGAGGACGUCAAGAGCGGCCGCUACAUGGAGCUGGAGCAGCGCUACGUGGACCUGGCCGAGAACGCCCGCUUUGAGCGCGAACAGCUCCUGGGCGUCCAGCAGCACCUCAGCAACACACUCAAGAUGGCGGAGCAGGACAACAAGGAGGCCCAGGAGAUGAUCGGGGCGCUCAAGGAGCGCAACCACCACAUGGAACGGGCGCUGGAGGCCGAGCAGAAGGGCAGGGCGGCCCUGGCCGCCACGCUGGACGAGUUCAAGGCCACGGUGGCCAGCGACCAGGUCGAGAUGAACCGCCUGAAGGCCCAGCUGGAGAACGAGAAGCAGAGGGUGGCCGAGCUCUACUCCAUCCACAAUUCCGGGGACAAGUCUGACAUUCAGGACCUGCUGGAGAGUGUCAGGCUGGACAAGGAGAAGGCGGAGGCCCUGGCCAGCGGCCUGCAGGAGGACCUGGCUCACACGCGGAACGAGGCCAAUCGCUUGCAGGAUGCCAUUGCUAAGGUAGAAGACGAAUACCGAGCCUUCCAAGAGGAAGCUAAGAAACAGAUUGAAGAUCUAAACAUGACCUUGGAAAAAUUAAGAUCGGAGCUGGAAGAGAAGGAGACCGAGAGGAGCGACAUGAAGGAGACCAUCUUUGAACUUGAAGAUGAAGUUGAGCAGCAUCGAGCCGUGAAGCUUCACGACAACCUCAUUAUCUCUGAUCUCGAGAAUACAGUUAAAAAACUCCAGGACCAGAAGCAUGACAUGGAACGAGAAAUAAAGACGCUGCACAGGAGACUGCGGGAGGAGUCCGCAGAGUGGCGGCAGUUUCAAGCUGACCUGCAGACGGCUGUGGUCAUCGCCAACGACAUCAAGUCGGAAGCCCAGGAGGAGAUCGGCGACCUGAAGCGCCGCCUGCAUGAGGCUCAGGAGAAGAGCGAGAAGCUCACCAAAGAGCUGGAGGAAAUCAAGUCACGCAAGCAGGAGGAGGAGCGAGGCCGUGUGUAUAACUACAUGAAUGCUGUCGAGAGGGACCUGGCGGCCUUGCGACAGGGCAUGGGGCUCAGCAGGAGGUCCUCGACGUCGUCGGAGCCGACCCCCACUGUCAAGACCCUCAUCAAGUCCUUCGACAGCGCUUCUCAAGUCCCGAGUCCUGCUGCAGCUGCCAUCCCAAGAACGCCUCUCAGUCCCAGCCCCAUGAAGACGCCCCCAGCAGCAGCCGUCUCUCCCAUGCAGAGGCAUUCUGUAAGCGGACCCAUCUCGACAUCCAAACCCCUCACAGCCUUGACGGAUAAGAGACCAAACUAUGGGGAAAUCCCUGUACAAGAGCACCUGUUAAGGACGUCAUCAACCAGCAGACCUGCUUCUCUGCCAAGAGUGCCCGCCAUGGAGAGCGCUAAGACCAUCUCAGUGUCUCGGCGAAGCAGUGAGGAGAUGAAGCGGGACAUCCCUGCACCAGAGGGCGCGUCGCCGGCCUCUCUCAUGGCCAUUGGAACCACGUCGCCGCAGCUCUCCCUCUCCUCCUCUCCCACGGCCUCUGUGACCCCCACCACCCGGAGCCGGAUAAGGGAAGAAAGGAAGGACCCCCUGUCAGCCUUGGCGAGAGAAUAUGGGGGGUCCAAGAGGAAUGCCUUGCUGAAGUGGUGUCAGAAGAAGACGGAGGGCUACCAGAAUAUCGACAUCACGAACUUCAGCAGCAGUUGGAACGACGGGCUGGCUUUCUGCGCGCUCCUGCACACGUACCUGCCUGCCCACAUCCCCUACCAGGAGCUUAGCGGCCAGGACAAGAGACGGAACUUCACGCUGGCCUUCCAGGCGGCAGAAAGUGUUGGCAUCAAAUCCACACUGGACAUUAACGAGAUGGUACGGACGGAGCGGCCGGACUGGCAGGACGUGAUGCUGUACGUGACGGCCAUCUACAAGUAUUUCGAGACGUGA